GAUUUUGGAGGGUUGUGGUGCUGGAAGUGAUGACAGAGAAUGGGAGUGAUAGCCAUGGAGGGAUUUGAAAAGAAGAAGCUACAGGAAGAAAAUACACGGCUCCGAAAACAGAAUAAGGAAGCAAAGCAAUUAGUAAAGACCCAUAUAAAGAGGACCAAGAGGCUGCAGGAGGAGUUGGAGAGAAGGAAAAUCAAAGAAGAGAAAGAGACACAAGCAUUAGAAUCAAUGGUUCAACAAGUGGAAGAGAACCUGCAACUGAUGACGAAACGGGCAGUGAAAGCGGAGAACACAGUGACUAAGUUGAAGCAGGAAUUGGUUCUCGUACAGACUGAGCUGCAGCAAUGGAAAUCUGAGAAUGAGAGGCUUCGAUCUGAAGACUCCCUCGCAUUGAACUCUGCAAAAAGCAAUGCCCGGCUUGCAUCAGACUAUCUCACAAAGGCAGCUCAGGAGGCAGAGAGCUCAGUAAAACAGCUCCUGUCUGGAACAGAAACUCUACGUUUGGUGUCUGAUCUUCUAAAGUCCAUCGACAGAAUCUCUGAGCUGCCACCCCAGGAUAAAGACAACGGCCAUAGCUGACCCACAGGCGGGGGCUCAAUGCAGCCUUUGAAACAUUUCCAGUCAGACCACCAUACUCUGGCUGUGAUCCGAACUGCUCUGUUUCACUCGAUGGGAUCCCAGAUGUUGUCCGAGCUUUCAGUGUAUCACAUCCUCGUGUCAUGUGUUUGAAGAUGAAAGGAUGAUGCACAUAUUUUAAAUGCACUAUUAAUAUCAGUGAGUAAAUCAAAUGUAACUAGAGUGAAUCCUGCCUGAUCUUCUUCUCUGUAAAAAUCUGGUUGUUUGCAGAAGUAUUUUUGAUGUGAAUUGUAGGUGACAUGUAACAGUAUUAGAAUAAAUAGGAGGAAUUAGGGAAUCAGCACCAUGCCAUAUUGGAGCUACUCCUAAGCUCAACCUCACACCAACCACGUCCCCAUUUAACUGAUAGUGUUCAGACCACAAGAAAGAGGCAACAGAUGCAGCCAUUCAGCCCGUCAGCAUGUACUAGCACCCAGUACAAUUGUGGCUGAUUCUCAGCUUCACUUCCACCUUCUGCUGAUAGAGACCCCUCAGCAAUGCCUCUCCUUUCCACUUAACUCCCUGAGACACUGAAAAUCUCUUUUACCCAGCCUUCAAUAUAUUCAACAAUGGAGCAUAUCCACAACUGUCUGGGGCAGACAAUUCCAAAGUUUCACAAUCCCCUUUUCAGUGAAAAUGUUUCUCUUUGCCUUAAACCUCAAUGAUUGGUCCCCUGUAAUGAAACUGAUUACCCAGCCAGAAGAAAACUACCUGUUUGACUCAAGCCCCUUCAGUAUCUUGCGUGUUCUCUUGAGAUCACCUCUCGUUCUACUAAACACCAGCAAAGAUCAGCCCAAUGUUUUCAGCCUCAUCAUGGGACAAGCCCCUCAUCCCAGGGAUCAAUCUUGUGAAGCUUCACAAUGUAAGAAUAUCAUGCAUUAAAUAUGGAGACCAAAAUGGUGCCUGGUAUUCUAGUGCUCUGAGUGCAAAAUUCCAUGAGGUUAUCUGCCUGGUGCUCCCCAGGCGUGACCUUUGAUCUUAGUUUGGUCAGCUGACCCCAACUGGAGCAGCUCCAAAGGCUUGUCCUCAGCUACAGUCUAGAGGUGGUACAGUGGAGCUGGGAGUUUCCAGCUGGUGGUCCUUCCUGGUCCUGCUGACUAUCCAAUUGCCUACCUUGGGAAGAGGACAGGGUGUGGGGUAUGGCAGACAAUACAAGGGGGAUAUUUAGCCCCUUGGGACAAUUACAUCAGUCAGUUAGACCCAAGCUAACCUGCAUCUUAACUCCAUUUUACCUGCCUCAGUUCCACAAAAUCUGUACCCACCAAAAAUGAAGAAGUCUGAGUUUUGAAAGGUCCUAUUGAUCUGGAAUAAGAGGAGAGAGUUCCAGAUUUCCACUCCCCUUUGCAUGAGGAUGUGUUUCCUGAUAUCACCCCAAAGGAUCACCUCAGAUUGUAACAUGCUGCUCCUCAUUCAAGAUUAUUCCCAUCAGAGGAAAUAGUUUUUCUCCAUUGGCCCUGUUAAAUCCUUGAAUCAUCUUGAAAACCUCAAAUAAACACCUCUUUGUUGUCCCUUUUGGAGGGGAUACGUACUGAGACUGUGCAUCAUUUCACCCUUUGAAUUUCAGCAUCUUUCUGGUGAAUGAGGCUUAUUAGUAAAUGCUUAAAGUCAUUGCCUUACAAAAUUGCAACAUUAUGAAAAGAAUAAUAUGGGUUUACAAUGAACUAUACUUCAUUCAACCAGUUUAAUAUAAAUUAUAUUUUUAAAAUGUAUUGAGAUAUUAAGUUAAAAAUUUGUCUAAUAUACUCAAAUAAUGCAAUUAACUUGGACUUCAUUUAAAUAAAAGAAC